AUGGUCACCACCGACACGGUGACCAAGGGGCUCGUGCCCGCGACGCCGACAAAGAAGGAGAACCGCCGCAGGUCGUGGUUCGGCCUAGUGACGCCGACGCGCAACAAGGAACGCGCCGCUGUCUUCAAGGCCUCUGUGCCGCCAGUGACGCCGCCAAAGGAGGGGGCUGUCGAGGAGCUUGAUGUCACGCCCGUGCGUGCUGUGGCUGCUGGCAGCGGCGGUGCCGACGGGACGUUGAGGUCUAGCGAGUUUGGAGCGUUUGAAGACGACGACGACCCGAGUUCGACUGUCAAGAAGCAACGGCCAUCUAAUAUUGUUGUUGUUGACGAGGGACGCGACGCGGGCGACCCGCUGCAGCAGCAGCAGCGCGACGAGGGCCGUGAUGACGAUGGCCCUGUGCGUCAAAAGGACAAUGCGACCCUUGCAAUCCUGUCGCGCGCCAGUACGAUCAAACCACCAAAGCAGCCAUUCUCGUCGCGCAUCUUCUCGCGCGGUGCAAGCGCAUCGACGAGCAGCAGCACCAACAACACUAGCAGCAGCAGCAGCGCCAAUGCCAAUGCCAAUGCCAACGCCGCCAACGCCAGUGCCCAAGCUGAACCCUUUGGAAACAUGACACCGUCGUCGUCUUCGCUCAACCCAAACCUCAACGCGACCAUCGCGGCAGUCAUUACUCCCUCCAGAGUGCCAAGGCGAACAUCUUCAAUCAGACCAGGCGCAGAGACGCCAGUGGACGACGACGAGCUGCAACACGGCCCAGACUCUUCACCCGUCAACAAGGCCCUCCCUCCCAUUCCUUUCAAUGACCCCUCGUUUCCACAAAGACCAGACGUCUUCUCAUCAUCACUACACAACCGCGACGGAUCUCUCCCCUCCCUCCCCUCGACAGACGAGUCGGGCCCACCAGCACAGUUUGUCGACGCCUUUGGCGCCAUCCCAAGGCAUCGCCGCGACGAGUCCCUGCCGUCCUUGCCUUCGGCCUCGACUUCGGACUCGACCCACUCCUUCCUCCAGUCUCAAGACCACCACAUGGCACGAUCCGGCUCCAUCCCCAUCCCCAACUCCCGCCCCCCGCCUCCUCUAGCCCCUCUUGCCCCCACCAACAUUGUCGUGACGCCGAGCAGCCCCCUCGACAGGGAUCCUUUCGACGCUACAUUUGCCGUGACGCAGCACCCCCGACCUGGUUCCGCGCCCGUCUCGCGCAGCCCAUCCUACAAGAUUGCUCCGCAGCGGCCAGAAUCACCGACCCCGGCCAAUGGCCGUUCGCUCGGGUUGGGACUGCCCAGCCCGUCCCGGCGACGAUCGGCUCAGCCGCCAGCCCAUCCCCAGCGGUGGCCGAAUGGCCAACAGACCGUGUCGAUGCCGCUGCCUGACACGGGCAACCGCUCAGUGAGCCCGGCGACAAAGGUCUCGUUCAUCUCGCCCAGCGAUGACAAAUCGCACGACCGCGAGACAAAGGAUCCUAUCAAGAUCAAGCAGCCUAGACCACGUAGCUUCUCGGCAAUCUUCAACCCGAAGCCGCCGAUCCUAUCUCAGGACACUGACGAUGACGAACCCCCAAACACCCCACACAAGUUCAACUGGCUUGGUGUGCGCAAGACCAUCAAGCGUCGCCGGUCCGAGAACAAACUCAAGAAGAGCGGUGCGGCGUCGGACAAUGAUGGUGGAAGCGGCAAGUCGAUCUUUGAGCGCAACAACCGGUCGACGCCAAUGUUGCUAGGCGGACGAGGGGGUGCUGUGCCGCCGAUGCCAGGUCGCCCAGCCUCGACCACACCCGCGGCGCACUCCUCCACUGCCUCAUCCUCGUCGUUCACGUUGCCAGCCCUGGAGCAGACUCAACCGUUCUGGGAGAAGAACCAGCAAUGGACAGCCAGCCCAACAGCCGACGUCGAGGAGAUGUUCACGACAGAGACAGACUCUCGAGGCUCGCACACUCACGAGAGUUCGACCAGGGACUCGCACUCUCUGCGACGCGAGCGGCCCCGCCUCGAGACGACGGCUUCGCAGCGUUCGUCAUUAGCAUCCGUGUCGCCUCUGGGCUCUUUACCAGAGACCGGUGUCCCACCAGGUGUCCCGCCAGCCAUCGCAGAGAGCGCCCUCGAGCCACCCCCGCCAGUUCUCAAGGCGGCGGCGGCUGGACGCGGCCGCUCGUUGUCGGAUGCAACACGCAGGCAACACUCAUCGCCAGCGCUCUCACCUGCCCUGUCAUCUGCGCCGCGAUCCCCGUGGAGCUCUGCUACCGACGUGCCGCCGAGCCCGAAUCGGCCUCCACUAUUCACGCAUCAGCAGGGAAGCACGUCGGCUCUCAACAAGGUUCGAAACGCCCUCGGCAUGUCCACGCGGCCUAGAAGCAACAGUGGGCUGCGAUACGGCUCGGCUGAUGAGCGCGACCGGGAAGAUUCAACGGAUACGCCCUAUCAGCGUCCCGAGUCUUCUGCAUCGUCGUCGUACGUCGCUUCUCCGGCAUUGCCGCCUGUUCGCAUCCGACCCGAAGACGUUCCGCAGGUAUCCACUGUGGCGCUUCACUCUGUGCAGGUCCCCGAGGACGACCGGCGUAUUGUUCUCUCCGAUAACACACCGGAGCGCUCGCCCCGCUCGUCGUACGCUGCGUCCCUCGCAUCAAGAGGGACACACAGGUCGCACACGGCUGACCCCCAUGCAUCGCUCCAGCCUGCUCCUCGAACCAGAGCUCGUGCGUCGACCAUCUCAUCGGGUGUUUCCUUUGCGGGCACCUUUGGCCAGCAACAAUCCUUGUCCACCACCUACCUCCCUGCCACGGCGCAGCAGCACUCUCAGCCCAUCUUCCCCACGGCUGCCACGCCGCCGCGCGCGCGAACUGGUUCCAUUCGCCGGUUAUCCACUGGUCUCCUGCGCACGGCUCCAAACUCGCCAAGACCGACUGGUGGCAGCCUAUUUCCACUCCCAGCACGGACGAACGGUGGUGCCCUUAGCGGUCGUGCUUCGCCUAUCCCUGGCAUGGAUGACGGCCCUGGCGGUGUCACUACCCGCCGUGGCUCCCAUCUUCCUCCUACCUCUGAGCAGUCGUCGCCAGCCCCCGCACCAGUCGAGACCCUGGCGGACGACGAGCCAACCGAGGAGGAGAAGAAGAAGGCAUUCAAGGCCCUCAUCGAGGUCCGUGAGGAUGACACUCCCGAGUCUUGGCUCGAGAGACUGGACGGUGUCAGCCGGCGUGAGCUGGCUGGAGUCAUCGCUCACAGCGCCGACAAGUUCCACACCGAUGCCCUCAGGAGCUACAUGAGCCGCUUCGAGUUCACCCACAUCGCCCUGGACGUCGCGCUUCGCCGCCUGCUCAUGCACAUGUCUCUGCCCAAGGAGACGCAGCAGAUCGACCGUGUCAUGGAGGCCUUUGCAAGCCGAUACGACGUUUGCGAGCCCGGCCUCUUUGGCGCCAAGGACAAUGGCUACGUUCUCGCCUUCUCCAUGAUGAUGCUGCACACGGACGCUUUCAACCGGCACAACAAGAACAAGAUGACCAAGGCAGACUAUGUGCGCAACACGCGCCUGGAUGGCGUGCCAGAGCCCGUCCUGGAAGCAUUCUACGACAACAUCACCUUUACGCCGUUCGUGUUCAUCGAGGACGACAAUGAGGCUUCUCUCGCCGCGCGCGGCGGCUCUGUGGUCAACCUGAACGUGCCAGCCAUGCGCGCGGGAAAGAUUGAUGUGUACGACUUGAUUGUCGGCGGUCAGCUUGGCACUCUGAGAGUGGACAUAGAGCAGCACAUUCCCGCCGACAGUCCGUUCUCGUGCAUGGGAACGCAGCCCUUCCUCGACGUCGACAGGCUGCAACGCCAGUUUGCCAACUCUCUGCCGCUGCAGUUCACGACACCAAAGACGGCUCGCCGUAAGUCGUCUGUUGUGAACCUAGCGUCUGCCUUGGGAGGAUCUGGCGUCCCCAAGCAGCCGCCGCCCGACUUCUCUACCCUCAAGAUCACCAAAGUGGGCCUGAUCAACCGCAAAGAGGACACGCCGGUGAACGGCAAGAAGCCGAGCGGGCGCAAGUGGAAGAACUGGAGCAUGGUCCUCACUGGGUCUCAGCUACUGUUCUUCAAGGACACGGUGCUCGCGCUCACCCUGGUUGAGCGCAUCCGUGCCACCCGUCGCACAAACCCUGAUGAGCCCUUGCCGACCAUGUCCGACUUCCAGCCCGACGAGGUAUUCACAGUCAAGGACUGCGUCGCAGUCUUUGACCGCGAGCACGCCGUCCCCGAGCCUACGCACACGUUCCGCUUCGUCAUGCCGGACGAGCGCGAGUAUCUCAUGGAGGCCGCCGACGAGUACCAGAUGAACGAGUGGCUCACGUUGAUCAACUACGCGAGCACGUUCAAGUCGGCAGCUAUUCGCAUGCGGGCACCUGGCCUGAACAGCGAACAUGCUGUCUUGGCUGGUGCCGCCGCCGCCGAGUCUCACCGACGCGACUUGGCCGAUGGUACGACCCCGCCAGCGACAAACAACUCCCAAACCCGAGCCGUGUUAUUUGCCGAUGAGCCAGCAACCGAUGCACGGCCCAAGCUUCGUCGGGUGGGCAGUAUGCGGGCGAGCCCUGCGCCGGUUGUGGACAUCACUGGCGCCAACGACGUCGUCGUCGGCGGCACGGAGCAGCUCGAGGCCGUCAUCGGCCAGGUCAAGGCCGAGCUGGCGGCCGGUCGCGGGCAACCCCAGCGCACGUGGUCGCUUCCUGUCGAGUCGGACGCGCCGCCCAAGACGUCUAGAACCGACGCGAUCACCGACCGCAUCGGCAAGCUUCGUACUGAGGCUGCUCCGAUCGAGCAGCGCCUGGCUACCAACCUCCGCAUCGCUAGAAACCUCGCCAUUCUCACGCCUUUCCAAAAGACGACGAGGGAUCGCAUCGAGGCGCAGCUCCCCGAGCUCGCAAGUCAGAUCCGCGCCGACCGCAUCCAGCUUGCCAAGCUUCACUUAUGGAUCACGAUGCUACUCAAGGACCAGGACCGCGACCAGCGUGACUGGGCACGAGUACGCCACGUCGCCAUGCAGGCCGCCACUCAGACCUUGGCGGCGCCUCAACGCACAAGCAAGGCUGAUCGCCGCGCGACGAUUGCCACCCCAAUCAUUAUACCCACACUCGCACUACCCCACGACGACGAGGCCAACUGGGAGGACCGGUCUCCCAACGUCUUCUCGUCGAGCCCCAACGAGUUCCCCGUCUUUGUCCGCCAGGCGAGCGAGGACGGGCCGCCUUCGCGUGACUCUCGCGACUCGCGGCAGGCGAGCCAGCGCAACUCUGGCUCCGAUUAUGACGGGCCUGGCUCUGGCCGCCGCCCGUCGUCCGAGUACCUCUCUGCGUCGUCUGCGUUUGGCGACGAGGUGGACAAGGCGCUGGGCCAAGGCCCCGACUUUGACGAGUUUGUCUCGCUCGAACCGUCGCCUAUAGAGUCGUCGAACGUUACGCCCAGCGGGCGGAGCACACCUGCGCAAGACGAGGCCGAACACUGGCGCCAGACACGAGCCGCCACCAAGGUCAGUCUCGCGAGUCUGCCUCGGAGCGGGUUUGGCGAGUUUUCUCAAAAGUUCAAGUGGGGCGCUGCCAACAAGGUGUAG